CGGAAAGCCUGAAACAGCAGCAACCUCUUCUUUUUUGGUUCCCGCCGCUUCAACCCAUCACAUCCCAACACGACCGACACAAAAACACACACACACACACACACAACUAUAUGCAUGCAGCAAAAAUGGCAACAUCAUCCUCACUUCCCGAGCUGCCGCCCAACUACCAAAAAGCCCUCGAGCUGAUCGACGAGGCCCACAGGCAAGACCCCAGGCCGUCGGCGGUCGAGUCGGUCACUUUCGAGCUUGACUAUGCGCAGAAGAUGACGCGAUGGCUCGCCGUGCGGUGUCCGACGGCGCCUCCCGUAUUGCAGCUGGCCUGCCGCGCCCAACACUUCAGGAGAUGGGAGAUUCCCCGCAACACCUACCCAAUGACCCGGCCGGGCUACCUCACCUGGCGUGCGAAACUUAAGUCCCAAGCGGCGGCGCAGGUGGCCGAGCUCAUCUCGUCGUCGCCCGGAAUCCAGCCGGAGCUAGCCCGGGAGGACGUCGACCGCGUGGCGGCGCUGAUCCGCAAGGAGAACCUGAGCGCAGACGAGGAGACGCAGGUGCUCGAGGACGUGGCGUGCCUCGUCUUCCUCGACGACCAAUUUGACGCCUUUGAGAGCAAGGAAGAGAUCGACGAGGAUAAGAUCAUCGGCAUCCUACGCAAGACAUGGGCCAAAAUGAGCGAGCCGGGUCGCGCUCUGGCGCUGAAGAUGGAUCACAGCGAGAGGGCCCAGAGUCUUAUCGGCAAGGCUCUGGCGGGGUAGGGGAAUUCGAGAUGAUGGAGGGGCAGUGGAAUGAAAUAAAAUAAAAAUCAAUCGACAA